AUGGGAGGGUGCGGUCUGAGGAGGCAGGUGGACGUUGCCGAACUUGCGCACGAGUGCCUCGGAAAGAAGGGCCUGCAACGAGUGAAAACCGCCGAGUUAGAAAUCGAACGCCAAUGCGACCUUUACGAAUCCCUACAAGGGCCUGAUCGCAGGGUGUUCGUCGCUAACAGAGCGACCGGCGCCGGCAGACCACUUACCGACCCACAAGUGCGUACGGACGACCGCAGUUUUGUCGUGUACCUGCGCGAACGGCUGUUGCUACGCGUUCUACCAGAGGGGCAACGCUGCGUAUGCGGAGCAGACGCGACAAAUUUCCACGUCCACACCUGUGAACGGCUACACCAACAGCCACGCACCAUCCGACACGACAUGAUCAACAUGGCCUUCGCCAAUGGUCUUCGCCUCUGUGGUUUCCAGUGUGGGCUUGAACCGCGCUUGACGGAGGUCAGUCGACGACGACCCGAUAUUCUCGUGGUCGGAUUGGACACAUACGCCAUCACCGACGUCACGGUGACCUACCCGGGCAGAGCCUAUACCACAGCGGACCCGGAGAAUCUUGAAGACACGGACCCGUUCCGAGCAGCCAGAACCCGAUUCACUGAGAAGCGGCAAAAAUACAGGCACUGGGCCAUUGGCAGUCACUUGGAUUUCGAUCCUUUUGUCAUCCAAACGAAUGGUUCCAUACUACCGGCGAGUCGGCAAUGGCUACAACGAGUCCUCGGAAACCAGGAUCACCGUCUGACCGUCACGAACGCGUAUGACUUUAUUAUUGCUGACACCCUGUCGGCGGUGCUGCGUGGGAAUACUCAUAUCUACAACGCGGCAUGCGGCCGCGAGGCGGCAGCAAGAAGAGCCCUGGGGUAG